CCUUCACCCACCUGUGUCUGUCACAGCCAGAGACUGGCACAGCAGGUAGUUUGGCCCUGUUAUGGUACCGUAGCACUUUCCCUGCUGAAGCAGAGGGAGGGAAGGAGGGAGAGGAAUAAAAGGAAAGGGUGGGAAAAAAAAGAGAAAGACGGAGAGAAAGAGUGUUGUGUGCUCUUGCAGAGGAGAGACGUCAUAGCGCUGGAAAAACAGGACCGUACCAAAACAAGACGGAGAGAGAAGUUGUUCCUGUAAAAGGCGCCACAGCAGCGCGUUACCUUCCUUAGCCGCCUUCCAGAGAUUUAAAGUUGGGCGAAGAGGGGGCCACUGUGGGAAUACUUAACCUAUAUCAGCUUAAAUGAUCAGUUCUGUACAAGACCAGACAUUUUUGCGGGGGGGGAAAAAAGGAAGGGUUCGAGUUGGAAACGCGGUUUGACGUUUUCAACUCGGCUGGACGGAACGAACGAAAGUUUCUGUGAGGCGACGUGAACAUUUCUUCGUUUUUGCUGCGUUUGUGGCCAUAACAGACUUAAAAGAGCCACGGGACAAUGUUGUGGCCGAAACCGUGUGUUUAGGCGUGUGUGUGUGUGUGUGUGUGUUUUGCGUGGGCAGCACAGACACGAAACGGUUAUGGCAGAGCGGUUCGGCUGGUGAUGCAGCGCCGUUUUGUUUAUUAGCUCGGUUCGUCAGCUUUGCUAACGCUAGCUUAGCCUGCGCGUCAACUUCGGCGCUCAGGAAUAAAAUAGGACAUUAUUGAGGGGUUUGUUUGACAACGAGACGACUGAGGUGGCACGACUGAUAUUUUUCUCGUCUGUCGUUUUUCCGCGAAGUGCAGCAACGCAGUGCCAAAAUGAGCGGCGAGGACGAGCGCAGUACAGAGGGAAUGAUCGGAUCUCCAGCAAGGAGUGACCGUUGGAGCUAAUGUAGUGUAGUGUAAUGUAACGUAGAGCAGCGCAGCCGGAGGAUUAACGACGUUGGCUAACAUUAGCUACUUAUCGCCUAACGCGCAGACCAGGAGCUGUCGGGCUUCAGACCUCGGAACAAAUCCCGAACUGACGUUAUUAACUGUUGUUCGACAUUAUAAACCUAUUCAGGUCGUUAGGCGCAAAUAUCUCGCCUCAUCUAUCUGAGCUGUGUUGUCAUUCGGUAACGUCAAGCUGUCGAGCCGAGCCGAGCCAGAUGGGUCGUCUCAAGUUUUUCUGAGCUGUUGUGUUUUUGUUUUUGACACUGAAUUAAAGGACGGACAUCUGUUUUGGGGGAAUAUACGUUGUGUUUUUUUUCGGCACGGACUUCACAAACUUGGCUUGAACCAUGUCUGAAAACGCACCCACACGGAGUUUGGACGAAAUCGACCUGGCCGCGCUGAGGGACCCAGCGGGAAUCUUCGAGCUGGUGGAGGUUGUGGGCAACGGUACCUAUGGACAGGUGUACAAGGGGCGCCAUGUGAAGACAGGGCAGCUGGCUGCUAUAAAGGUGAUGGACGUCACCGAGGAAGAGGAGGAGGAGAUAAAGGCUGAGAUCAACAUGCUGAAGAAGUACAGCCACCAUCGCAACAUCGCCACAUACUACGGAGCCUUUGUUAAGAAGAGUCCACCAGGCCAUGACGACCAGCUCUGGCUGGUGAUGGAGUUCUGCGGUGCCGGCUCAGUAACAGACCUGGUGAAGAACACCAAAGGAAACUCACUGAAGGAAGACUGGAUCGCGUAUAUCUGCAGAGAGAUCCUGCGAGGCCUGUCCCAUCUCCACGCUCAUAAGGUCAUCCACAGAGACAUCAAAGGCCAGAAUGUUCUUCUGACUGAGAACGCUGAGGUCAAACUCGUUGAUUUUGGAGUGAGUGCUCAGUUGGACCGGACUGUGGGGAGGAGGAACACCUUCAUUGGAACUCCGUACUGGAUGGCUCCUGAGGUCAUCGCCUGUGAUGAAAAUCCAGACUCCACCUAUGACUACAGGAGUGACAUCUGGUCUCUGGGAAUCACAGCUAUAGAGAUGGCAGAAGGAGCACCCCCACUGUGUGACAUGCACCCUAUGAGAGCACUGUUUCUCAUUCCUCGGAACCCUCCUCCCAAGCUCAAGUCCAAGAAAUGGUCUAAAAAGUUCAUAGACUUCAUUGAGGGCUGCCUGGUGAAAACCUACCCAAGUCGUCCAUCCACAGAGCAGCUGCUGAAGCACUCGUUUAUCCGGGACCAGCCCACAGAGCGACAGGUCCGCAUCCAGCUCAAGGACCACAUCGACCGCACACGCAAGAAACGGGGAGAGAAGGAGGAAACGGAGUAUGAGUAUAGUGGCAGUGAUGAAGAUGAGGAGAACAGAGGGGACGAGAGAGAGUCCAGCUCUAUCUUGAACGUCCCGGGUGAGUCCACUCUGAGGCGGGACUUCCUGCGGCUGCAGCAGGAGAAUAAGGAGCGUUCGGAAGCUCUAAAGAGGCAACAGGCACAGCUGGCCGCGCAGCGACGGGACCCUGAGGAGCACAAACGUCAGUUACUGCACGACAGACAGAAACGCAUCGAGGAGCAGAAGGAGCAGAGACGCAGACUAGAAGAGCAACAGAGGAAGGAGAGAGAGAUGGUGCGGCAGCAGCAGGAGAAGGCUCCUCACCGACGACUCGACGACAUGAGGCGAGAGGAGGACCGGAGGAUGGCGGAGAGAGAGCAGGAGUUUAUAAGGCAUAAGUUGGAGGAAGAGCAGAGGCAGUUAGAAAUCCUCCAGCAGCAGCUUCUUCAGGAGCAGGCCUUGCUCAUGGAGUACAAGCGGAAGCAGCUGGAGGAGCAGAGACAGUCAGAGAGAUUGCAGAGGCAGCUUCAGCAGGAGCACGCAUAUCUCGUCUCUCUGCAGCAGCAGCAACAGCAGCAGCAACAGGACAAGAAGCCCCUCUAUCACUACAGCAAAAACCUGGACAACAACAAGCCUGCCUGGGCCAGAGAGGUGGAAGAGCGCAGUAAACUGAACAGGCAGGGUUCACCUAAAAUCUGCACCACUGUCUCUGACACCAACAUCCAGUCACGCUCUGAUUCUGUCAGCCAGUCAGGAGGAGUGCAGGCCGCACAGACUCCGCCCAUGCAGAGACCUGUCGAGCCCCAGGGCGGUCAGGGCAAGUUCCAGAUGGCCCACCUAGUGCCCUUGAAGCCGUAUGCUGCUCCAGUGCCGCGCUCUCAGUCCCUCUGCGAUCAGCCCACUAAGACCAUGUCCGCCUUCCCUACCCAGGACCCCUCCCCCACCCCUACGCCCCGCCCACUACACUCCCGGGAGCUUGUCCGGCAGAACUCCGACCCCACCUCUGAGAGCCCCGCUCCCCAGCAGCGCCCACUCAGGGAUGAUCACGGCCCCUGGAUCCGCCUCCCUGAAAUUGAGCAGCCUCCAAAAAUUCCACAGCGAACAGCCUCUAUAGCUACUGCUCUUAACACUAACCUGUCCUCUGGCAUCAGACACCCAGUACGAGCCAGCAAUCCUGAUCUGAGCCGCAACGACCGCUGGGAAAGAGGAGACAGCAUGAGCCUGAUGUCCAACCUGCCCCAGACCGGCUCCUUGGAGAGGCACCGCAUCCUUAGUUCAUCAAAAAUGGACUCCUCUCCAAUCCUUUCUCAUGAUGGGCGCCACAAACCAGGAGAAUCCCGCACCUCCUCCAGACCAAGCAGACCAGCGGUAACACAUACACACAGCUAUAAGAGAGCAAUAGGAGAGGACCAUGGGCUGUACUCGAAGGAACGUGCGGAGGAGCAGCCUCGCCCUCCAGUGAAGGCCAAUGACUAUUCCUCGUCAUCGGAGAGCAGCGAGAGCAGUGAGGAGAGCGAGAGCGGCGAAGGGGCGGAGGAGGAGAGUCCUUCUGACCGCCCACGUGAUGCAGAUUCUGACUCUGUGAACACUAUGGUGGUCCAUGAGGAAGAGGAUGGUGAAGGAGGAGACGAAGAGCGUGCUGGUGGUUAUGGUGACCAGACAAUGCUUGUACAGAGGACUCCAGAGAAGCGCAGUCAUAAUGGAUACACUAACCUGCCUGACGUAGUUCAGCCGUCACACUCCCCCACCGACUCAGCCUCUCACUCCUCUCCUGGGAAAGACUCCACCUUUGACUAUCAGUCCAGGGGAUUGGUCAAGGCCUCUGGGAAAUCCUCCUUUACCACUUUUGUGAAUCUUGGAAUGUACCAACCAUCAGGAGGGACGGGGGAGACCAUCUCAGUGGGAGGUCUGGGUUCUCGGUUUGAUCAGCUGAAGUUGGAGGUGAGAAAAGGCUCCAUGGUUAACGUGAAUCCCACAAACACUCGCCCCGUCAGUGACACCCCAGAGAUCCGCAAAUACAAGAAGAGGUUCAACUCCGAGAUCCUCUGUGCUGCCCUCUGGGGUGUAAACUUGCUGGUAGGGACAGAGAAUGGGCUUAAACUGUUGGACCGCAGUGGGCAGGGCAAAGUCUAUCCGCUCAUCAACUCCCGCCGGUUUCAGCAGAUGGACGUGCUGGAGGGACUUAACCUGCUCAUCACCAUAUCAGGGAAGAAGAAUAAGGUGCGAGUGUAUUACCUAGCCUGGCUGAGGAAUAAAAUUCUCCAUAAUGACCCAGAGGUGGAGAAGAAGCAGGGCUGGACCACUGUAGGGGAGAUGGAGGGCUGUGUGCACUACAAAGUGGUGAAGUAUGAGCGGAUUAAAUUCCUAGUGAUAGCUUUGAAGAAUGCGGUGGAGGUUUAUGCCUGGGCUCCUAAACCCUACCACAAAUUUAUGGCCUUCAAGUCGUUCAGUGACCUGCCUCACAGGCCUCAGCUGGUUGACCUGACGGUGGAGGAAGGUCAAAGGUUAAAGGUCAUCUAUGGGUCAAGUGCUGGGUUCCAUGCCAUCGACGUUGAUUCUGGGAACAACUACGACAUCUACAUCCCCGUCCAUAUCCAGUCUCAGGUGACCCCGCAUGCUAUCGUCUUCCUGCCUAGUUCUGAUGGGAUGGAGAUGCUGUUGUGUUAUGAGGAUGAAGGAGUGUACGUCAACACCUACGGCCGCAUCAUCAAAGACGUGGUGCUGCAGUGGGGAGAGAUGCCUACAUCUGUCGCUCAUAUCUGCUCUAAUCAGAUCAUGGGCUGGGGUGAGAAGGCUAUAGAAAUCCGCUCAGUAGAGACGGGCCAUCUGGACGGGGUCUUCAUGCACAAAAGAGCUCAGAGACUCAAGUUCCUCUGUGAGAGGAAUGACAAGGUCUUCUUUGCGUCUGUGCGAUCUGGAGGGAGCAGCCAGGUUUACUUCAUGACUCUGAACAGAAACUGCAUCAUGAACUGGUGAUGGAGCAGUGUUGUCAUCACUGCUCUGCUCAGUUAUCUCUCUUCCUCCCUCUCUCUCUCUCACUCACAUGUACACACAUACACACACAGAGAGAUACAGUGUCCACAUGCUUUUGCUCACACACACUUCCUCACAGACACACUCCUGAAAACACAGAUAUGAACGCACGCACACACACCCCACACACAUGCACAGCAGAGCAUCCGUGUGGCAAUCUGUCACACCGAAUGAAGAUUCUUCUCUUAACUCGGAGCCUAUUGUACAGAGUUUGUGUGGGUGUGGGAGUAAGUAUGCGUGUGCGCACCUUUGCUUUACUGGCCAUAUUGAAGCUUACUUUUAGCUUCAAACCAAGUACUCGCUUCAACUAGAUCACCAGAUUUAAACUAGUCAGUUUCUGCUCACUCGAGAGCCUUAUUUCAACAUUCCAACCUUAUAAUGAGAGAAGAGAGCAAUUGUUGAGAAGCAGCAUCCCUGCAGCAGCGGUGUGUGUGCUUGUGAGAGGCUGCACAAAACAGCAGAAACAGCUCAGAACUCUUUGUGGUGAUGGACGCACCUCUAGUGGUCAGGAGCAGUACUGCAGCAUCUGUAAUUUUCCAUUCUCCACCGUACUGUAUAGUGCAGUAGCCUAGUCGUUUGUUUAUUAGUUGCAUUUAAGGGUUCAAAAUAUCGGUGAUUUUACUGUUUUUCAUUUCAACAAGCAAAAGAGUAGAGAGCAAAUCUCACAAAUAGUUAUCAUGCUUUGAGCUGGUUUGCCUCUUUUAUUCAUUUUGCUAUUAGCUGUACGGCCAAGAAUUGGACAGAAUUCGUCCAGAAGAAGUUAACUGACCUUUCAAGUGGUCAAAGCUCUUAGUAGUCACUGCUUUUAUGAACUGAGUUUAGCGUUGCGCUUUUUUUGACUGUAGGGCACAGAAGUGUAACCACUACUACACGGCAGUCUCUCUCUGACUUAGCUUUUGAGAAUGCCUUUUUUUUUGUUUGUUUUGUUUUCUUUUUUUUUCUUCUCUCUCUUUGUCGGAACAGUAUAUCUUGGGCAGUUUGAUAUUCUCUGUAUGUAUAGGUAUUUGGUAUUAUUCUUAUUUUAAUAAUCUACUGUAUCUCUUGCUGUUCUAUUGCAAUAUGUGCUGUAUUUGUGCUGUUCUCGUUUUGAAGUUUUCACAAAGGGGGAGCUCCUCUUUAACCCAGUCGGAUUACGAGGUCAGGGAGAAGAGUUGAAGUUCAUUAAACUUAAAUAAUUUUUUUUUCCUUUGUUUUUGGCAGCAUGAAUGUAUAGUCCAGUUGUGAAUGCGUGCCACUGUACAUAGCAUCCAUGCCUUGUUAAAAAGGAAAAUUUUGAAGUAAGCUUUGACAUAUUACACUGAUUUUUUUUUUUUUUUUUCUUGAGCAGUUAGCCUACAUCGUCACUCAGCUGCGUUAUUCAAAAUCAACACUGAUCUUUCACUUAGUUCUCAAAGGAUCUCACAACUGCGCCAUGCAUUUAUGCUGCCAAAUGGCUCCCUGGUGUGAGAUGUGAGAUACAGCCUUAUGGGAAGUGUUGUUUUUAGAUUUGGAUUAGUCUUUCUAGAGUGCAUCAGGCAUGCAGUGCGAAAUUUGGUUUCCUUGGAAAAUAUUUGGACCCAUUUUUUUUGGGGGGUAGAACUUUUUAUUAGUUGGUAACGGGUUUUCUUUUUCUUCUUACAGUGAUUUUGGCUGGACUUGUGUAUGUGUGUGUGUGUAUGAGCGUGAGACUGUACUAUAAAGUACACAGUGUGGUCCAAAGCAAUAGCAGAAAGGUCGGCGAGCUUAAGUGGGCUCUACUCUUUGAGCUGCUGACUUUGGCCGUGUGCGCGUGACGUUGCCUGCAAUACUAGCAAAACCAGAAAAGCAUCAGAACUUUCCCCUUCAUUCGCUCGCACAGUCUACUGUGGAUCCAAAACCUUUGUUUACAAAACCGUACGAUAUUUACUGUUCAUAAUAAGAUCUGCUGCUUAGAAAGGCUGCUCAGUUAUUGAAGUAUAUGUGGUUGGAUUUAGGGGUGGGCAGUAUGGCAGCAAUGUAAUAUCAAUAGCACGAUAUGAUAUCAUAUUUUGAUAGUAUACCAUUAGGCCUGUUACAAUCAUGAAAUUUUAGCUGAUGAAUAAUUGCCAAAUAAAUAAUCGCAGUCAACAGAUUAAUUGUACUGUAUGCCAACUGUUAAAGUACAAGCCUAAGAUGGCUAGAUCUAAUGAUACUUGAUGACUGACAGGCACAGCUGGAGCUUGAAUAUACAAACGUUACUCAAUGCUGCCCUCUAAAGGUGUUAUAGCAGUGGUUAAAUGUUAGACCUUUUGUUUUUCAUAAGAAACAAUGUGGCUCAGUAAAAUGUUUUCUGCAUCAAUGGAUGAAAAUGCAGCGGUCAGCUUGAAUAAUUGGUCACUGUGUACUAUGUAUAAUUGUAAAAGGCCUAUAUACCACAUACCAGUAACGUUUCAAAUACCGUGUGGCACAACGUCCAAACAGAUGAGCUAGAAAAGCCUGUUCAUGUAUCGUGAUUAUAUCGUCAUAUCGCCCAGCCCUAGUUUUAUUUUUUGAUAGUUUUUGAGUGUAACUGAAAGAGCAUAUUAGCUAGUACUACCAGAAAGAUGCCUAUAUUAAAAAGCUCUCAAUGCGAUAGUUGAAUGAAAAGGAUUUAUGCGAUUGUAACACACUGAAGCACUUUGACUUUUGUCAGUACCUGUUUCUGAUGGCUUUUGAGGCAGAGGCCCCAUCAGCUAAACUUUUUUUCUAUGAGGUAUGCACAACUGCAGUAGCAUUAGGCAUUAUUAAAGUGAAUAUUCUAUAAGGAGAAAAUCACAUAUUGAAGAAAACAGUUUUAAAAAGACCCUCAAGUGUGUUAAAGGUUCUUAAAGUUCUAUACUGGAGCGAGGCAUGCUUUAUUAAGUCUUUUCAUUUAAACUUCCUUUGUACUUCAAAUUCUAGUUAAACCAAGUCACGCAUGCACACACAAACCCCUGCAUAUUCGUCUUAUGCUUGUGUUUUGUUGUUGUCACCGUGUCAUGUUAACAAAAACAAAUUGGUGAGAUAUUUGGUUACUUUUUAUCACCUUGUUCUCUCCUUCUUUCUCAUAUGUAUCCACUUGCUAGUUUCCACUUUGUUUAUUCAUACACACUUGAGUUAUCAUACACUCACAUACUCACUCUAGGAUUUAUAGCCAUUCCGUUGCUUAAUAAGCCAAAUUACCAUGUUUACCAUUAUAGCAGUGCCUUGGAGUGGGGUUUUGUGUGUGUGCAUGUGUGUGUAUUUGAGCAAAGGAUGCUGUAACAUUUCCAUACAGCUUUCUAAUCCAUCCUCCCCCAUAUGAAACGAUUCAGGGAAGAAGGAAAAUUGCUAAUUCCUGAUUUGACAAGUAAGAAGUAAGCCCAGUGCAAUCAAAAAAAAAGGUCAAGAAAGUGCACUUAAACUGAUGUUAGCCAGAACAAUUAGUUCAGGCCCAAAGCCAUGUGUUAGACAAGGUCUUUCCCCCCUAGUUGGAAUUAUGGCCUCGAAUUCGAGCCUCAUUUGCCCCCAAACUCUAGGUUUCAAUGCUGAGCUCAUUGCUUGAAAGCCGCAGCGAGUUGCACUGGAUUCUGCAGACAGUGGUUGGGGUUGCCAUGGCAACGAGCCGGUUCCAUGCAUUGUGAUGUAACAAUGUCCCAGCGUUCCUUACAAAACUGGAUGGUGGUAUCCAAAUGGUUCUCCAGCGCACAGUACCAGUCAAAAGUUUGGACACCCAUAAGAAGGAUUUCCUUACAUCAUCCGUGUUUUUGGAUAACAGUAACAUCAAACUAUAGAAUUAUUUACCAAAGACCCAGUGUUAAACCGGCCCAAACUAUCUCUUAUUUUACAUUCUUCAAAGUAUGCCUUGAAGGUUUGCACACUUUCGAGCAGCGUCAUGAAAAACAACCUGGGAUGGCCUUGACCUAGUUGGCGAAAUAGGCAGAAAUAGGCAGAAACAAAUCCAGUCAGAUGUGUUAACACUUUUGACUGGUACUGUAGAUCUUCAUAUAGUGUGUUAUAAUAAAGAGAUUCUUAUAUAGAGCGAGAUAAAUGGUUCAAAUUACAGAGACUGAAUUUAUAUAGCCGUUUUAGGGUGCCUAUUUGCGAUGGAAUCAAAAAGUAAUAUAUCACUUGAUGAUUAUUUUAUUACAUAGGACUAUAUCCACAUGUAUAUUGCGAUAAUUUAAUGAAUGUAACCUUCCAUCGGAACAGAUUUAUAUGUGUAACACUUUUACCGGCCUAAUAAUAUUCUAAGCACAAUGUAUAUUUCCGCUUAAGCUUUGAGAGCUGUACAUUUGGCUAUAUGUGCUUUAUGACUUUAGUUAGGGAAUUGGACUGAUGUGCCUGCCUCUCUCUCUCCCUCUCUCUCUCUGUCGUUGUUCGCUGUGAGCUUUAUAAAAGAGGGAGCGUGGGUGUGUGUAUGUGUGAAUAGGAGAGUUAUUUUUGAUCUGAGUGUGUGCUGUUCAUGAUGCCCUGAGAGGGAGAGAUGGAGAGAGGAGGAGGAUCAGUCUAAGCAAAAGAGGACCAGUAUGCGUCAAGUUGGUCACAGAAAGCAACAGCAUGCUCAGAUAUCACAUCCACAUCAGCUUUUGAGGGUUCCAGGCACCAAAGAUUAUUAUGAGGGGUGCUUUAGUAUUAAACGUCACUAAACCAGCUCAUGUGCGUCCUCCUCAUACAUGACAGUGAUAUGCGGUAGAUCAUUCCAAGUCAACACUUUCAUCAGUAGAGGGAUAUAACGUGUAGAUGACUUUCCCAAACCAACCUUAUACACGUCUCGCAGGCUGUUUUCACUAAAUUUACCAGAAUUGUCUCAUAAACUAUAAGCUGUCUUACUGCUGUAAAGGUAUAUAAUGGUAUACAUUGACACAGGAACCAUUACUGUUUGUAUUUCCAAAGCAGCGGAAGCUCAAAAACUCCUUAUAUUCCUUAGUAGGGACAUUUUGUGGGUGUAUGUACCAAAAAGAGUCGUCAUUCAUUUUUACAUGAACAUUUGCCGCCAUCUUUUUAUGCCUUAGAAUCAAACAGGUCAUUUUCAUUCCUACGCUUUUAAGACGGAUAUAUGUAAAUAACCUUUGUUCUGAUUGGCCGUCUCAUUUAAAAAGAAUUCCAGGCUGAACUCCUUAUAACUCCUCAGAGCUUCAACAUAAAUGGAUGAGGCUAAACUGGCUGUAUAGGUGUAUAUUUGUAAAUAUGUUGAUUUUCGUGAUGUCACAGAAACAGUUCAAACAAGCUGCAUAAUUUCCAUACGUGGACCACCUACUGAAUGUGAUGUUUAGAAACUUGAACAGUGCAUGUGCCACAAAUGUGCUGGAGCACCCCUUUGUGACCUUUCGUGCUUGGAACCCUAACAUUGCCGCUUGCGGCUAGGUUAAUUCUUAUUUUUCAUUUCGUCAUUCUUUCACAACCGACCACAUUCCUCCCAAUAUGAGAAUCCUCAGUACAGCUGGUAGCGAGCAGCAGCCCAAUGUCUUCAGGAUGGCUGUCCUUUCUUUACCUGUAGUUUUAUAGUGACAUCGUAUGGAGGGCUAGCUGUGGCCUUGACAGGCAUGCUGAAUGUAAGCCAGGCUUCCUGUUGCACUCUUAGCUAAGCUUGCUCAGGCUGCAUAGUCAGCAGAAUGGGAGGAGCUUGAUUAGUCAAGUAAAUCAUGCGAAAUUUGAGAUUCAGAAGUUUGAGUAGUGUGUUUAACAACACCCUUGAAAAUAAAGUUUUUGCCACGUAAACAUGAAAACUUUCAGUUGGUGUAGAGACUUGUGUGUUGAGGUUCUUUAAACUUCAUUUUCUUUAAAGAAGCAUCCCCUGAAAGGAUCUUUAGGAAAAGAAAAGAGGCUCUUUUAUGGAAUCAUUGUCAGAAUUCUUCACAUUCUUACUGCUCUACCAUUUAAGGUGGAACAGAAAGUGUGAAUAAGAAGCUGCCAAAUGGGAAGCCAGCUUCAGCCUUGUAAAUUAGGACGCUCCAGAAUUCUUAGUCUUAUUUCAUGAUUUGUUUCUAGUUCUAGAAGAUCUUGGAUUAAGACUAGAUUUGGUUUAGAAAAGCCCUGAUAGCUUUACACUCCGUUCGGUUAAACACCUCCAACACCGUUGGAAACAGAAUAAGAUUUUAAAGCUUGUUCCACAAACGUAAACAACAAAAUAUGUUCACUGUUCCUCAGUUUCCCCAGAUGAUUAUUUCAUCAGGUGGUACUUAGCAGUGACUGUGGGCCAUGGAGUCUUAGUAUCUUUGAUCUGAGAGUAAGAAUGUGAACCUAGGGUCAGUUUUGCCUUCCUCAUUCAGAUGAAUAUAAUCAUAUAGGUUUGAUUAUAGAACAGAUCCUGAAUCAGUGUAGUUCACCCUUGAGAUCUUUGGUACAUAUGGGCUGUGUCCAGUUUCAGGUAGAGUGUGUUGUGAUUGUGUGUAUAAGGGGCAUGUUUCCCUCAUUUAUGGCCUUAAACCGCUGAUUUGAGGCACAUUUAUCUACUCUACACACUGUUGGCACUAAGCUAGCUAGUGGCAUUUCUCUGCGAUUCUCUAGUGACAGCAAGUUAAACCCCUGGCUGACCUUUUUUUUUUUUUUUUGUAAAAUAUUUACUACAGCAAAUAGAAAACAAGAAGUUCAUGAUUUUUUUUUUUUUGUUUCUUUGUGUUGUUUUUUUGGUUGAUUUUGAUUGCUGUAACCAGGAGAGGUCAAUGGUCAAUAGGAAAACUCAACAAAGUUGAUAUCCUCUGUGAUGGGUUGAUCAAUGUUUUUUUGCUUUCUUUCAUUCUUCCUUUUUCCUCCCUCUCAAGACGUUCUUGUUUAAAGGAAAAAAAGUAGAUGUUUCAGAAAUGUAUUUUUUAGUGUUUACGUUCAUGAGAGGGUCGAGUUUGAGAUGAUUUUAACGAACUGAUGGUUUUCAGUCUUACAGAGUGUGCUGGAUGAACUCAUACGCCUGUAAUGUCUUAAAUACGGGAUUGUUUGGAAAUUAAAAAUAACUUGAUCUCAAUUCAAAA